AUGUCAUCGAAUUUCGAAUUUUUGGACUCAAUCUCUUUUCCACGUCACUGUAAUAUGAACUCUGAACUGCGAAAAUCUGCUGGCUCAGAUAUCAAGCGACUGCAGGAGAUGGUUAAGAGGCUCGAAGAACAAAAUGCCCAGCUGAAAAGCAGCGAUUAUUCGUUGAACCGGCGGACUCCAAACAACCGAGUUAUGGGUGAUGAGGCCACUAUGGUUAAAGUCAAAUUAAAUUUGGAUGAUGUUCCUCUAUUGGAUUUAAAUGCAGCGGUAGAAGAAGAUGACGAUACCUGGUAAAUAGAUUGUUUCUUAUGUUUUUUAUUGUCCUAGGAAAUCUUUUUAUAUUUAUCAGCUGAUUUGUCUCGAACACUGAAGAGCGCCAGCCAUAAAAUGUUUAACUCGGCAGGAAAUAUAAGCUUACGAGAAACAGAACACUCAAUAAUAGCUUAAGUCAUCAGAAGGUUGAUUAAAGGAAACAAAAUUACGACCAUGAAUUAAUGUAAUUCACUAAAGCCUUGAAGAGCAAGACCCUGAAAAGAAGCAUGUUCUUUUAUUACUGAAUAUUUUAUGAAACACAACAACUUUUUGCCUUCUUACAUAAGAUUAUGUUUAAAUUUGUUGGCUCAAAAUCCUCCUGUAGUUCUUUCAGUUUUUCAUUGCAAUUGUGUUAAUUUGUUAAAUAUAAUUAUUUGCUUAAUAGUCCUCACCGGAAAUGUCAUUGCGGCGCUCAGCUUAACAUAAAUGUCAGAAUGAAAUAACAGUGUUUUCUUAGACUGUAUGUCAAGAUACAAAAUUGCUGUAUUAAAGGGCCCUAAUACAAUGAGCGAAUUUUAUGCACUAAUUGUGUUUGGUCAUACAGUCGAGGAAACCAUUAUUAUUUCUUUCCCACAGUUCUCUUAAUCGCUUACAGUGCAACUGGGAAAACCGUGAACACUUGAAAUAUCUCAGGAAUGUUUAUUGUGUUAUGUCUAAUUGCAGCAAAAGUCACGACACACGAACCGGCCACAAAACCACAAACUACACUGUAAUAUUACUGUUGCCACUUGCAGAUUAGUUUUCUCACACCUGAUUGGUUUUUUCUUGCAACACAAUAACAUUCCAGAAAUAUUUCUGCAGGGUUCGUACAGGUCAUGGAAAACCUGGAAAGUCAUGGAAUGCAAGAAUUUCGUUUUCAAGGCCUGGAAAGUCAUGGAAUUUAAUUUUCUGUCCUUGAAAGUCAUGGAAAAUUAAAGUUUUGUUUGGUAGAUUAGUUGCUGCAGUUGACAAGGCAAGGAUAAUGUAAGACAAAGAGGAGUAAUUAAACAGCGCGAAUGACAUGCAUUUUAGUGGAUACCAGAGUUUGUUUUUGUUGAACUGUUUAAGGUCAAAACGGGGUUUGCAAAUUUUAUUGAUGAGUGGAGUCACUAUGACUUCUGCUUCACAAAUUCUCGAGUCAUUUUGGGAUAUUUGGAGUCAAGUAUCACAACGAAAAAAGCCAUUUUUAGACUUUCCAACACGUGGUCCUGGCAUGUAUACACUAUCUUGAGGGAUACACGAAGUAGCUGUGGCGGUCCGCUGGCCUGGAAAGCUCAAAUCCAUGAUGGCAGCUAUCGAGUAAACUUUGAUUGUAAUUUACCCUCUUCCUGUUUUGUCGUGCAGUAUAAUUCUUUAAUUUUGACGAUUUAAUUAAGGUUUACAAUGUUUAAAAUUAGCGCAAAUUGUAUUUGUUGUGAAAAAGGUAAGGACAAAAUUGUGUUUGUUACCAAAAAUUUCUGGAGUGGAAGUCAGGCUCCCUGUUUGUUACUGAAAAUGUCUGGAGUCAAAGUGACUCCCUUCGUAACCUCUGUGGAGUCAUCUGAACAAUUUUGCUGUAAAAUACGCCAAAUUUGGCGUAUUUUCGAACCCUGUCCAAAAAUAUGCUAAAACAAGUAAAGUUUUGAAAAUUUUUGAACAUGACAGCUAAACCUAAGGUCAUGGAAAACUAGAAAAGGUCAUGGAAAGUCAUGGAAUUUGAAGAACUUGAAAGAGUACAAACCCUGUUUCUGGUGUUCACAGUUGUCUCAGUUUGACUGUAAUAACCUAUUACAUUUUUUUGUGCUUACUGGCUUAUAGCCAGUACACAUUAUGUCAAUAUCUGUGUAAGUCCGUCCGUUUCCUGGCAACCAUCUGUAGUCUACUGUGAAGAGGGUUCGACCAAGCCACUUACAGUGUAUUAUGACAGACACCAAUAAUGGUAGGUUGAAGAUGAUAACAACAUUAGGCUCGAUUACCAGCCGCUGUUCAGGAAAAUGAGCCCGCACUCGACCGGACCCGGGGGACGGCAGAAAUCAAGCCUAUAACAACAUACGCUUGCCUUAUACUCAAAACGUUCCUGGAGAAUCUGCAGACAGCUGUGAAGCACAUUCAACUGGACAACAGAUGAUGCUGGUGGUCUUGGUGACCAACUAGCCCUACAACUCAAGCGUAUUUACACCUAAGCUCCACUGCAUAGACUUAAAAUCAGAAACUCUCUCUUUGACAAGGCUUACCCAGAAUACGUACGCCACCUCAACGUUCCCAGCCCCUGACUCUCAGGCAGGGAAUACACUGAGCAACACCAACUAUGUUGGAUUUCAGCUGGGUUUUGUAAUGUGUGAAAGGGAACUUAGAAGAUUACAGAUGUUUCAACUGUUUCACAAACCCUGAAGCUACCUACUAACUGCAGUUAUCUAAAUAUAAAAGGUGUUACCAUCAAGUUUCCUGGAUUUUCAAUGCUUCCAAACCCGUUGCUUAGCACCAAAGCACUAGAAAAGGCAGAUCUUUGACAGCUGGCGUCAAUCAUUGGCAGGAUUGUAUGACGGGAAACAACUCGGAAUUUUUCAGUAAAAGACAAUCCUGAAAUGCUGUUAAACUAACCUCCAAUGCAUGUGCGACCACCUUUGAUGUCAGUGGCUACCUCAGAUAAGCGCAAUUAUUUAUUGGCGAAAAGACCAAAAUUUUCUCAGUCAAAUUAAUACACUUGGAACCUCUUGUUAAUGACCACCUCUUGCAAUUGACUAAUAAUCACCUUUUUGGAUGACAGUUGUAGAAUUUAGUUUGAUCUCUAUGUACUACACUACUCAGAGUAUGAGAACUUUUCAUGACAAGAUGAAACUAUGCAUAUCAUAUAUUAUAAAUACAUGCAAUGAAUUCUUCUCAAAAAUGUAGAUGUGUUCGGAUCGCUUCUAAGAAGAGGACCCCCUGGGUCACCACUGGCUCAUUAUGGGUGAUGCUCAUCACAAGGAAAGUGAAAGUUCUAACAUAGAAAGUAGCAUUCAUCCAAAAGGAACAUGAGGGACAUUUCCUCAAAGAUGUAGACCCACAGAUGUACCAGCAAGUACAUUCUAUCCAGUCAAACUGGUGGAUGAUGAUGACUAUGUUGGCCCUGUUAUAACUAAAUGACUCAGUCAGGACUUUGUGAUCCUUUUUUUUCUGUCACAACUGAACUCACUGGUCUCCAAAGAUUGAUAGGAUGACUGGUACAAUUACAAGCAUAAAUUUUUAAUGCAUCAGCUUGCAUCUGUCAGAGGACAUCGUUUUCUGUUACAUUUUUUUUUAGGGGAGGGGGCGUUUGUACACAGGCUAGUAGGCUCAAAAAGAAGAAGAAGGGUGGCUGUGUGGCUGCAUCAAAUGGCUUUCAUUUCCCUUAUAACAGCCAUUAUUAGCUGAACCCAGCAGUAAUUGAUAGGAAAAUGGAAAAAAAAAAAUGUCUAUGUACAUUAAAGUUGGAUAAAUUAAACUUUCACUGAGUGACUGAUGUACUAUUGAUAUUGUCUCAAACCCCAAAACAUGGCUCUUUGCACCACAGGUGUUAGAGUGCUAAAAGCUAGGCCUCGUACUCCUUACUUCGCUCACGACUAUAUUUGGGUAUAAAGUAUUAUAAUAAGUAUGGAAUUUCUGGGCUUGUUUGUCAGACAUCAUUUCGUAGGGAAAACAGUGGUGGCAUUGCGAAAUGGUGGCUGUUUUCUCUGGCUAUUAUAUCUUAUUCGGGGCUAUGCUCCCUGAGGCAAUCUUAUUCAACAUACUCAUGACGUGAAUCUUUGGUUCAAACUAUUAAUUUUGUUUACAAUGUAAAGUUUAACACUUAGGUUUUAAUUAUUGGUAGUGUACAUUUACAACUUAAUACUACCAUUGUAAUAUUAUAUUAUUGUAUGCAAUCACUGUUGAUGAUGUAAAGUUAAAGAUAAUUUCGUUGAGAAACGUGGCCUCCCUUCUGUAGUAUUGAUAAAGAGUCGACAGAGACUGGAAACGGCACAAGGAAAGUCUCUGGUACCCAGGGUAGUAAUACAUAUAGGCCAACUCUUCCAAAGUCUCCCGGAUACGGCACUGAUCUCCUGCUUUCCCGUAUGGGUCACCAAAUCUCUCACAUCAAAUGGACUUCUGAGCUUCUCUGUGCUUUAGUUUGAAAUUUUGCCCAUUUUUUUUUCUCAAAAUUUGAACUUCUCGUUUAUUACAAGUACGGUUUCUGGAACAGUUUUGCAUGUAUUUAGUCUGUGACAAAGUUUAUUUCAUCAUUACAAUGAUGAAAGUGAAUUUUGAUAGUAUGUACUUUAUGUAAGACUCCAUAUAAUGUCCUAAGCCAUAGGCCAAUUUGUGGGCGGGGUGUGCAUUGACAUUCGGAGGGGGUUAGUGCAAAAGAGAGAGUCUCCAUAUUUUAGAUUUCCAGGUAGAGGUUGGCAUCUCUGGUAAUAUUGUGGUCACUUUGUUAUCAUCAUUCAUAGAAGAGGUUACAUGAUUGUUUUUAACUAAAACAGGUUGUAUGUGUCCCCAAGUCAUCCGCCAUCUGCUGAACAGAAAAGGAUCAGCCCUUAUAGAUACCUAAAAGACAGCUUGGAUAUACCUGAACUGAAUAAAGUGAGGGGUUCACUUCUGGCCAAACUGGAGUCAAUUGCAGCACAAGAAGGUGGGCAUUAAAACUAGUCAGCACCAGUUAGGGAAGAUAAUUAAAGAAAAAAAGGUGUGAGACAGUUAUACUGUAAAAUAAUUUGACCAGAUUACAUUAAUUUUUCAUACCUUGGUGAGAAGAGAGAGGACAAUAAAUAAGAAAUCAGAUAACCAUUAUAUCAGAAGACAAAAUAUAUAUCCAAAUUAUUUGGAUGUUUAAAAUUUUCAAGGACAGUUUGCUUUAAGGACAAUUUGCCAUCUUAUGUUUAAUUGUUUUACAGGUACAGAGCACUAUUACAGUAACAAAAGAAGGAUUGCUUUCUUUCUAUUUAACUUAAGGCUCAAUAAAAGGUAUGCAUCUGCAACCUAUGUACUGCAGUGCUGGCUUUCUUUUCUUUAAUUCUUUUCCCUGGUUGUUUUUUGUAGAGGCACUGUCAGGCUCCCCUCCCAGUGAAAGUCAGCACCAUCAUCAUCGUCAUCCAGAUCAUUCAAGAACUGAUGAAAGUAAGUGUGUGCAGCAGACUUUAUACACUAAAUAAUAAUAAUAAUAAUAAUAAUAAUAAUAAUAAUAAUAAUAAUAAUAAUAAUAAUAAUAAUAAUAAUAAUCCUCAGAAAGGUGCUGGAAGUCUGAGGUCUCGGGAUGAGACUUGACUGGAUAUUUCUCCCCAGGGAAAAUCCCUGUGCUAAAUUUUACAUAAUAAUAAUAAUAAUAAUAAUAAUAAUAAUAAUAAUAAUAAUAAUAAUAAUAAUAAUAACAAUAAUAAUAAUAAUAAUAAUUGUAAUUAAUCAAGUCUGAGCUGUGUCCUUUCUUUAAAAACAUUAGUACAGCAUGUUGCCCACUAUCCGGCCAGUACCAGUAUCCAGCCACUUAAAACAAAAACUCAAUUUUUGCAGUGCCCCCUUUAAGUUUUCCGUAAACAAAGUAUUUCGAAUUGAAGAUGAAGAUUUCACCUUUAAAAUGCAAUUUUUGGCGGGUUUAUGGCUUGAGAAACAGUCGCAGAAGGCAGGUAAGUACACUUUUCUUGGCUAAUAUUUAUGCUGUUUACGGCGCAGUGAAACUAGUGGGCGUGGUGUUCAAAUAAGGGUUGGUAAUAUGUGAUAUUUUCAAAGAAACUGUUUUCUAUUUAAAGUGAAGUUACUUAAAGGCCAGGUUGUCAGAAAAAUCAUUAAUUCUUCUUGAAAUUCAAUCUGUUUGGGAUAACGGGGCCAGAAGUAUUCACUGAUGUCAGGUGCCCAGUAUCUGGCCAGUUUUUUCUUUGCUGUGCAAAAUUGAUGAAUUGGCUGCAUACGUUAUCCGGGAAAUAUUUAUUUCACAUCUAUGACAAUAAUAAAGCUUUGGUUAUAUAAUAUAAUCCGUAUAAUGUAAUUCUACUCUACUCCUUUUGAAAAUUUUCUUUACUCAUUCAGAGGCUAAUUGAUUUCGUAUGCAUGGCUUGUUUUGCGUGACUGCAUUUUCUAUAUAUAUAUAACCGAAAGCACAAAGUUGAACCCAGAAUUCACAUAGAAAUGGGUACGUUGCAACAGUCUGAAAAAUGUCUCAAAGGGAUUGAGAGAUGUGAAAGAAGGAGGAAUUAGUGCUGGGAAAUAGUGAUUCCACAUCAAAUAACUUAUUGCAUCUCUGUUUGGGGUAAUUGUUCAGUUGCAAUGUUGUCCGAAAUUGAGAAAUUACACAUAAAAGUAGGAAGAGUCGUUCAUAAAGUCCCACAUGCAGAAUGUUUUGGACAGUGAAGUGAUGGAAUAUGUCAAGCGGCAAGUCAUCUACUAUGGAUACAUAUACAAACAUAGACUAAGCUGUUGAAGUCUUUAUAAAGGUGAAGCAAUGGCUCAACGGCAGAUUGAUAACAUUUUUCACUUUUGUUUAAUCUAAGCAUGAGGGUUUAUUACUUGAGGUAAAAGGAAAGAAUACAGAGUUAGGGAGAAAUAGUUUUGCAUCAGCUUUAUAAGUUGCCGCUACUGACCUGCAUUACCAAAAUAAGUCAUUUGUGUAUAUAUGUAUGUAUGUAUGUAUUUAUGUACAUCAUCUUUUCAAUAUUUUCCGUGAAGUUUAAGUGCAAAAUUUGUGUUCAGAAAGAGGUAAUUCAUAAUUUUAAAAAUCACCUUUUGGUCAUGUGACCAGCUACGAACUUACUCAUUUUAAGAAAAUGGUGUGGGUUUUGAAAACCAAAUCACUAUUAUUUUGUUUAAAAAUAAGACCCACUAAUCGUUUUUGGAAGGUAAAAUCAUAUAACUUUUAUUUUCAUGAAAAUGAUGUCACAUGACCUCUAUUAAAGUGCAAAUGAUCUAUAUAAGGGCUAGGUGAUUUUAUUGUUCCCAGUUUUUCCGAAUAUGGUAUUGUUGUAAUAAAUUAACUCUAAUAAGUAACCACAACAUCUUGCUUGUUUUCUUUGCUCUGUUGCUUGAUAUGAUGCAACGUCAACAGAUUAAAAUAUUUUCUCAUCCUUCGAAUUGUUAACUGCUCCAAACAUUUGGAGAAAGUUUUAGAAAGAAGUUUUUUUAUUGGAAAUCACAAGUGUAACUUGUGACUCGAUAUGUAAUUAUCAACCAUCUUACCACAGACUGUUAUAUGCCAAACUGCAACAAUGGUAAGUAACGGUGGGUCCGAGUUUAACACCAGGACAAAUGCCUGCUUUGAAUUCCUGAACUGGCUUAAGCCUCCCUUGGUAGUAUGGUGGUUGAGAGCUGCCCAUAGGAAAAAUCUCAAUUUUCCCAGUUUUUUCUAUAUUUGUGUAUUUUUAGUGCUUCAUCAAACUAACAGUUUAUUUUUGUUAUUGACAUUUUUUUAGGUUCCACAAAUCAUUAUUAUAAGGUAGCAUUAACAUAACAUUAUUAUAGUAAAUGUAGUUUUUGAUAUCCUUAAAAUAAAUCAAUGAUAUUUAAAUCACGUAGGUUCACAUAGGAAGACAUCAAUGCAAAUGACUGACAACAUCCAAGGUGAUGAUGGUGAACUGAAACAGCAAAGGCAUGUUCCUUCUCCCACAGCUGUCAGCCAGGAUGAUUCAGAUCUGGUUGUGAAAGGUGGUUAAUUAACUUUUUGAGAUAUGAUUCAGACAGAGAGGGUUUUUCUAAAAUACAGCAUAUAUAUAGGUGAAUCCUGAUGUACAUGUAGUAGCAUGUUAACUCGAAUCUUCAAGGGAAAUCCCAAAGUCUUGGGGCAGAGUCCAACAAAAUUUGACAAGUAUAUAUGGGCAUUUUGCAUGCAUGGGCAAGUACACGUGUAGCAUGUAAAAAUUACUUAAUACCUAGCAACAUGAGCUGGUUGUCCCACAUCACAGAACAAUCACAAGACUUCACGCUACAGGUGUUUCUUUAAUUUUUUUUCCACGAGUUUCACCAACAUUUUCAGAGGACUGCUUCUAUACCAAACCAUGCACAACCUAUUUUUAUUAUAACGUUUCAUAAAACCAUGCUAAGAAUCCAUUGUCAUCUAGGAACACUCUUUAAGCCAUUAAUUUGUUUCAUUUCAAAAUUUUUGGCCUUCGCUUUGAACUAUUGUGCAGGGUUUUAAUUAAUAAUCCUAGCAGCAGCUGGAGAAAGGUGUAAUGUUACUGGAGAAUAUUUUGAUUGAGGCUCCACAUCUGCGUAAAAAAUAGUCAUAAGCUAGCAAACGUUAGGCGGAGAAUUCUGCAUAGUAAAUGGAGAAUUCUCCGAUCUCCAAUGUAAUGAACACCCUAGUUGUGGUACUCAGAGGGUCAACAGUCUUGCACAAAUUUGUGACAAUCUUGGAUCUUGAACAAUAAUCCAUUUGAGGUGAAGCAUGUUAAUUUAUAAAUAGCAGCCAGGCCUUCAGCUGGAUGAAAGAAUAAUAUGAUGCAUGGAUCCUGCUCAUAAGGGACAGAGAAGACGUUUUGCAUCCAAAAGGAGGCAUAUGAGGCAUGAUUUGUGCAUAUUUUAAGACAUUCUGCAUCUUAGGGGUGGGAUGCAUGUAGCUAGAUGGAUCAUUGAAUGACCUAGCUAUAUGCUUUAAUUAUUGGGAUACUGCUUCAGAUAUACUGUCCCCCUAAGAACUUUAUAUUCUGAAUACAGUAAAACCCCACGUAUAAGAACCUAAAAUUUAAGAACCUGUCAGGCUGAAAUUUUUAUUUUAAUCACCCUCACAUAAGAACCAUUUCAGGCUGAAAUUUCAAAGUCGGUUCUUAAUUUCCAAAGUACAACAUAGAAAACAAUAACAUGUUCAUAACUUAGCACUAUUUUGUAAGAUUUAUAUGCCUUUAAUGUUUGUACUCUACUAUAUUCCAUGUAACUAGCAUGAAAAUGUGUGAAUAAUUUAGUAAAAAAGGCCAUGCCCACCAAUACAAGUACUUUUUUCUUACCAAAUAAUAAAGAACCUAUUUAAGAACCUGGAUAGCGUGAUUUCAAGUUAAGCACCAUCUAUGUAUAAAGAACCUGUUCAGGCUGACAUGGAAAAAUUUAGGUUCUCAUGUGUGGGGUUUUAUUGUAGACAUUCACUUGUAAGCUUCUCAUUUAUAUUCUGUAUUCCAGUUAAUGUCAGCAUUGUUUUUAACAUAACUUUUUUUCUGUUUUUUACCUUUUGUACAAAUUAUAUAAGCUUAAAUAACUUUUGUUGACAAUAUAUAUUUAACACCAUUUGGAGGGCGUAUUUUGUUUUAUAUAGACACUUGCUACCUAGACUAGCCUCUGCUAUUUGUGGGCAGUGAGAAAAUAAAACUGUAAAUCUGAAUAAACCAAUGAAAAUGAAUGAAUGAAUGAAUGGAUGUCUUGAAUGAAUGAAGAGAUUCAUAUGUGACUGUUGAUUGCUGAUGCCAUUUUCAUAUUUUUCAUUAACUGAUGUUUUCAUAAUGUUAUUGUUUUCCUUUUUUUGACAGGUCCAUUAAGGAGAAGAGGAGGCCCAUCCAAGCCAGCAACAAGUAAUGAGAUAUUUUCCAUCAUUAGGUUAAAUGUAAAUCAAUAAUUUAUUCAUAGCCCGGGAAAUUCCCUGCCGAGGAAUGGUUCUAAAUUUGUUUUAUUCAAGGCUCACCAUCAUCAUCGUCAAUUUUCAUUCUUAGAGUAUGUGGCACUUAAGGUGCUUCUGAUCUGACAUGGAGGGUAAGACCCUACUUUAAACCACUAAGGAAGGGGGAGCACCCUCGAAACGUCUGGUUUUUUCAUGCCCUUUCAAAGCACAUUUUGAUAAACUUUGUAAAAAUUAUCGAACUUUUGCGUUGCACAGUAUUUUCCAAUUUUUUAUAACAUCUUACUCUACUAAGCUGUUCACUCCAACACCCUUCUAACAGAGUACCAGUGGUGGUUCAUGAACACUUUAGAGAGAUGUUGAUCAGCCCAGUCAAAAUAAACUGGCAGAGGGCAAUUUUGCUGCUUCCAAUGCUAUAUUUGCUGGCUACUCGGCACUUAGGUUUAAUAAUUACUUUAAUAAUAUUUUCAGAACUCGAAAUUGUGAUUGAUACGGUCACCAAUACAACUAUUAUUUUCUCCUUGGCGACUAAAAGUACUGGUUUAGUUGCCACUUUGGUGACCAGAUUUCUCUAUGUUUUAGAUUUAAAUUAAAAGUCUAAAGAGUAGAGUUAAAACAAACAAAUUUUCAUCUUACAGGUAUCUUGCUUUUCUUUCAUCAUAAAAAAUGUUUCAAAUCACAUAAUCAAAGCCAGUUUACCUAAAAAUUUAUACCGACUUCUGUCCGCAAUAUUUUCAAACAAUCAAAUCUGAUUGAUUACGCCAUAUGGGUCGCUGCUUCAUUUAUUAUACAAACUAGCAACUAAAAAUAUUUGCAUCUGGCAAGUAUAUUUCUUCAGUUUGUCACCAAAAGGGCAACCUGAGGAUUUUUUUAAAUUCGAGCCCUGAUUUUUAUUACGUAAUGUUUAAUAAAUGAACAGGAGGGUUUCGGCUUCGCCUUGUGGCUUUAUACCCGAUAAAACGUGACCCGUGAGUUUAUUGAAUGGCCUCAAAAACAUUCCUGGAAAAGCGUGUCUCUGUGGAGUUGAUAACAAUGACGCUUUUGUGAAUGUUGUGAAUGGGCAUAUGAAAAAAACAUUUCGUAUGAAAUUAUUAUGUAAGAAAAUCAAAUCUCACACGUGUUUAGAAAUUUUCCAGUCUACGAACGACACUAACCGAAGAGGACAUAGCAUCUUGUUCCAGAACUUUUCGGAAGCCUAAAAAUGUUGAGGAAGAGAGGAAGUUAAUUGAAAAUGGUACCCAAAGUCAGCUAUUCCUCUGAAAAAGUAUUCUUUGAAAAAAUUUCUCUGGAAUGGCCGAAUGGUAGGUAAAAUCCAGUACUCGAGCCUUGCCUAUUCCCAACUGGCAAGACUUUAAUGCAAUGCUUGGACGCUGCCAUAGCCAAUAUUACCACCGUGUCACUGAACUUUUGGCUGAUUAAAUUGGUGAAAGAACAAGGUUUAAUUUUUUGCAAUAGUAAAUUUACUGUGUGUGUUAUUUUGAAAGAAUAUUUAAAUAUUCACCCACCAUUUGUUGUGUCAGUUGCUGUGCUGAUCAUUAAUAUUCAUAGGUCACGUGCAAUAGAAUAAAAUGUCAUCCUUAGUAGUAUCUUUUAUGUAAAGAAUACUUUUGAGGAUGAAGUGUUUUAAGUUUGACGGUGCUUUACCGGGGUUUAAAACACGAGCAUGUGACGGAUUUUAGCGGAGGUGAUUGGGUUUUGAACUCAUGAAUUAUUAAUGAGUUUUUGAAUGUAAAUUGAAAACUGCACUUGUUAAGUUUAAGCCUUUGCUGCCUGUUACUUUUAUCUUGCUUUUAUCGAAAAUAUUUUAACUGGGUUGCGUGAUAAAAAUAAUUGCUUAAGUGGCCCAGCCCACCCCUUAGAGCUUGGAACAGCUCCAAGGAACCUUGCUGUCACAUCUUUUCUGAUGGUCACAGAAAUUCUAAGCAUUUUUGAUGCUUGAGGUCCAAAAUUGUUACAGAACACUCUAGUGUGUUAUUAACACCGAGUGUGUGUAAUUUAUUUAUGAUACUCAUUAAAGAUACAUUAAUCUUAUUUAUCAGUAAUUUUUGACUGUUAUUAAUGAAUUUUUUUGAAUUUUCAUGUUUUUCUUCCUACAAAAUUAUUCGUCUCUUUUGUAGUCAAUCACUCGCUCUAGCACAGGGUCCAGAGGAGAUGUGUUUGUUGUUAGAACAUCAAAGCCCCUCGAAACCUCUGAAUAAAUGGGUUAUUUUGAUCGUGUUACAUUUUCAUUACACAUUCUAUAGACUGCAAACCAAGAGAUUGAGGGCUGGCAAGAUCGGCUUACAGUAUAAAAUACGGAAAUUCUUGUCCUUUUUUUUAUUUGGCACUUUGUGCCUUGGUCACCCUUCUGGUGACGUGCCGUGCGCCAGCAAGGAUAUGGCUUGUGGUUAUUGAUUUUCAAAAUGGCGAACAACAAAGUUGAUCUGGGUCAGAUAAGAAGCGAAGAAAUCGUUUACAGUAGAUUCACAAAGAUCCCAUUGGGCUAAUUAAUCGUGCUAAGUGACAGGUAUAGACAUUUUCCAAGGUGACACUUUAAAUAAGUAAUUCAUUUAUUCACACAAAACUCCUCUGGACCCUGUGCUCUAGCGCUCUCUCUGUUAUCUACAUGGGUGUAAACAUCAAAAAUAACGUCGAAAAAGACUCGAUUUUCUUGUUGUUUUUCCUUUCUAAAAGUCCAGGCGGCCAUGUGAUUUCCUUACAAAUAAACCUUGAGUUGCAUUUGGGUUGCCGCACCUGCUAAUGGAAUUAUUAUACAUUGGUAUGCCUGUGGUACAGACGAUCUGGUGGUCGAUUGGUCGGUGUACGGUCACGUGAUUACCAAAUUUUCUCAGAUGGGUAGUUUACCCCAUUUUUUUACCCAUGGUGCUCCGAUGCGCGCGCUUCGUGCACGAGAGCUUUACUAUAAUGAAACCUGGUUAUAGCAAACAAAUUUUGCCAGUCCCUUGGCCCUUCAUUAUAUCGAGGUCCCACUGUAUGGAUAAAACCUAGAUUGGCUAAAAAAUUUUUUCAAACCUUUCCAUGGUAGGUUUGCACAAGAAUCCAGAAAUUAUGAAUGGUGACAGUGAUGAUGGCAGUGAUGAUGAUAAUAACACACUUAGACCUCAGAGGCGUGUCCCUGCUACUUUAAAUUUUCACUCCACGAACCAGGAUGACUCUAGUCUUGUAGUGAAAGGUAUUUUAAUUAGUGAUUUUUGUGGUGUAUACGUUAAAUCACUACGUUACUUAGUGUUAUUUUAUCAGCCAAUUUUCAGGGGUGCUGAAAAAGACAGUGCGAUUCUUUUCUUGUAAUCUAAAUUCAAUCCUGUCAUGCACACACGUGAGUUAGUUAGUGCUUACAGCUGUAUUUGAGUUUAUCAUGGCGAGGUCUUAGGUGUUGAUUUUUUAAUGGGAUAUGUUGGGUCUUAGGUCUGCCUCUCAACAGUUCCUCUUAGAACCAUACAUGUAACCAGUAUGCCACUAAUUUAGUCUUGUAAGCCAAAGUGUAAUUUGGAAAGAUGAAAGGGUGUGGCAUUGCAGGUGUAUGUGUCGUUUUUCAUGUGUUUUAAUGCUGUGCAUCUUUGACAUGCCCUUUUAUUCAACUUGAAUAUUUCUGCAGUUCUGCAGUUUCUGUGUGGUUGUGUGUGUUUUAAUUUUGGGUAUAGUGUUGUUGUGUCUGCCAUAAUUGCAAGUUCCUAUAGUAAAUAUUUAUUUGUGAGAAUCGAUGAGAUCUUUAUGAGAUUGGAAGGGAUCAGUUUGAAGUCUAAGACUUUUAGUUAAACUGUGUUAAUCCUUCUGGCAAGUUUUUCAUUAACUUUGUAAUAGAAACCUUCCCAAGCUUCCCCAUCCCCUGUACAUGUUAAUAAAAUUUAAUAUUACAUAAAAUAUAUUGUAGUUUGUAAAUAAAGGUAUCUGUGUAUAGUGAGGUGACUUAAUAUUAAUCAUUUCAAGUAUCUGUUAUUUGGCAGGUCCAGUUAAAAGGAGAGGACCAUCACCAAAAACAAGGGCAUCAUUUGGUGAGAGGGAAAGACACUUAUUUAUUUUAAUUUUAAAUGUGCACAUGAAUUAAUGUGUUGUGAUAAAGUUUUGCACGUAGUAUUUCAUGAAAUUCAUGGUCAGUCAUCAACAGGGUCGCAUGUUUGUUGAAAAUUCAGCUGCAUUGUAUAGUUUAUGAACAUGAAAUUUUCAAAAAACAGUGGACUUCAAAGUGACUACAAAAUGAUUCCCUCUUUAACAGAUGCAGUUACAAGUGUAGAUGGUUAUUAUGAUGAUAGUGGGUUUGUCCAUCAAGAAAGACCACAGAGACAAGUCCCUGUUCCUCAAGAAUUUGAAGACCUUGUAGUAAAAGGUAAGGUUGCUGAUUUUUUAAACACAUUUCAUAAAAUGGUUGAUAAUAAAUUUAUUAUUGUAAUAUUUUAUUGUUCAAUGUGGUGUUCCAUGCUGUAACACACUAUUCAAUUGACUCAUCAUUGGCUCUUCUUGGGUAGGAAGCAAGGCACUUUCAGAAACUUUUAAUUAUUGGGAGGCUCUGAAUACACAACACUGCACUAAAGUAAACAGACACCACAGCACCGGGCAAGUAAAGUUGCUGAAACAUCAACCCUGUGACUGUUUUGUUUACAAGUAGUCCCACAACUUACAUGUUCUUCAGUCAAUGUCCUCAUUUACCCAGGAUGCUCCCCUGCCUUUGUGGCCAUUCAAUCCUCUCACAGCUUUUAUUUUCCUUAGCCUUAAGAAAUAAAAUAUUGGUUAACAGACUGAAAAUGAAAGAGGUAUUUAACUUUCCCAUUCAGCGUGUAAAAAAUACUUUUAACUGACUCCUACACCGACCAUCUCUUUGGUGUCCAAUGUCAAAACCAUACUCCUAGGCUAGCAAGCCUACUCGUAUUUCAAAUUGUUUAAGUGACAUCAGCCACUUUAAGACAUGAAGUGAUGUAUAUAAUAAUAAUAAUAAUGAUAAUAAUGAUAUUAAUAGUUACUAUCAUUAAUUAUUAUUAUAUUUUAUUGAAUUACCCAUGACAUCUCUAAAUUUGUUAAUUUUUCUGGAGGUAAAUACUGAUCCAAUUAAGGGUAGUUUUGUUGUUUAGAAGCUAGAAGUUUUAAUUGAUGUUUAGCUAUCAUAAGCAUUUGAUCUUUGUUUUCUUCAGAAAUAUGUUACAAAGGUCUUAGCAAAUUAUAAGGUGACAUAACCAUGUACUUUGCAGGUCCUUUAAAGAGAAGAGGGGGAACUCCGCAGCAAAGACAACCAGUGGCUACAGGUUAGUUGAAAAUUCACUUUGAGUCCAAUGGAACUUCAAUGGUUGGCUGAAUGCAAUGAGAACUCUUCAUAUUUAACCUUCGCUAAAACUCUGUCUUCUGUCCAUUUAAAUUUUGUGUAAAACAGUGUUUGUUUACAUCCAUGUUUAGUUUAGAAGAUGGUUGAUUUUAAAAUAAUUUGAUUACCUGGUAGGUUUACACCACAGUGCAGGACUUAUGAAUGAAAGCAAUGAUGAUGAUGACAGUGAUAAUGAUAAUUACAUGCAAAGACCCCUACAGAGACGUGUACCUGUUGCUGCUGCUGCUGCUGCUUCCGGCCCAAGCCUGGAUGAUUCUAAUCUGGUAGUGAAAGGUAGUGGCAGAAGAAAACAAGCAUUGGCAUAAUUAUUACUCUGAUUAGUUAAUGCCAGUGAGAGUGUCAGGAACAUUUCUUCAUCAUUGUUCACACGUACCGGUAACAUCGAUUAUAUUAUUCAAUCAAGUGAAUUUCGUGUACACAUGUACUGCAUAACUAAGGCUGUAAAAACCCAAUCUGACAACAUCUGCUCAAUGUGCGGAAGGGACUGUCAUUUCGGAAUCGGUCUUUCCAGUCACGCAAGGCGAUGUUCGAGAAUCACAAAUCAAAGCACGACACCAUUGUCCUUCAAGACUGAAGGAUGCCAACCAGUAAAAACCUAAUCAAUCUUGUUCAUGUUAUGUUUGAGUUCAUAGCCACAGUGCUCUAAACCUUGUUGAAAUCACCUUGGCGUUUUUUCGUUUUAAGUAAGUGUUAUCAGCCUUGAAUGGCCUUUGUCUUGGUGCCUUUGACUGUACAGGGCUAAUAACACUUACUGAGACAUUGAUUAUUCCGAAUAUCACAAAAACCAAAUCUAAUAAUUGUUUUAUUAUAGAUUGUUUUGAACAAACAAACAAACAAACAAACACACCAUUGCAUAGAAUGCAGUUUGACAUCGCUCUUGGAAAUCAUGCAUUGUGCAUGCAACCUACAGAUUGGUCUCUAAUCUGCUAGCAGUCAGCUAACUAAUCUGUAGGUUGCGCUGAUUUCAAAAUUUCCAAAAUUAACUGUUGGCUCUUAGCCAAUGAGAAGACGAUUAGUGAUAACAAUACUUCAGAAAUCUAAUGCUUCCUUCUUAGAACUACUUGACAUUGAAUCCAUGACUAUGCAAAGUUGGGUUGCAGCCAGGCAUACAGUUCAGUGAUUCAUAUAACAGUAGCUGACUUUCCAUUUCUUGUCACUCUUUACUACAGCUUAUUAAGGUAUCCCCAGUCUAUUUGAAAUCCCUGGCUGCACUCCUAAUUUUCCACCUGCCUGUGCAUACAUUGCUUUUCAGGUCCAUUAAAGAGACGAGGUGGAACUCCGCAGCUAGGACAACCAGUGGCUUCAGGUGAGUUGAAGAAAUUUAAAACACAAAAAAGGUAAAAACAAGGGUAGUUUGCCGGGUUUGGCGGGAGGUACGUAACUGUAGAGGUCUUAACAUUUCAGAACUACAUUCCGUUGGUUGAUACAAAGGUGAUGUACGAGGAUGAUAUUUAUUUUGUUAGUGAUGCAGUGGACUAGCAAUAAAAUAAAAAAUUAGAGUUCUCUCAACAGCAGUCGAACCUAUGACCUGUUAGUUACUAUCCCAGGCCGGAGAUCCUUAGUUUUGCUGCAGCGUCUUUUAAUCCCCUAACACCUUCAUCAAUCCGUAACAUCUUUAAACCUGGACGCCAUCUUGGUACUGAUGUAAUUAAAGGAAACGUUGUCUUAGCAAUUUUGUAAUUUCGCAUGUGGCGUUUUGAAUUAACGCGGACCUUUUGCUCCAGAAUAGAGGGGUAAUUUGUCGACCAUUACAUGUCUUUACAACAAAAUCUACAGGUCCCGUAAAAAGAAGAGAAUCACCACAACUUAGAGCAUCAGUUGGUAAGCAUCAGACAAAAUGUGUUGGACUUAUGUUUGUUGGGAGUAGAAAUAUUCUGUUUUUGUUUGUCACAAGCCUACUUCUUUUUUUUCAAAAACUAUUUGCGUAGAAACUUGCAGUGCAAAGGGAACUGCUUAGUAAAAUAACAUGUCAUUAUAUAUUGACAGUGGAAGGACUUUUUUCCAGUGACCUUUUUGUUCUGAUAGUACCGAAACUAUCUCUCGUUGAAAACGUAACUAUUAUCUAACACCCGACAUGCAACCUAGUACCGUGUCUACCUUAUUGACAUGGAGGUGUAUAUGAUUGACUGUGGCUUAAUAUCUGUUUUCUCCUUCACCAGACGAAGUUUCCUAUAUGGAUGAAUAUGAUAGUAAUAAUGGCUUCGUUCCUCAAGAAAGGCCACAAAAGCUUUACCCAGUGCCUUCAGUAUCCCAGGAAAAUGCAGACCUAGUAGUUAAAGGUUGUAAUCAAUUAUUUUACUGCACUUUAAAGUGGAAAAAAGAUGUAGACAGUCUCUUUGUAACUGACUACUGAGAACGCAUUUGGUGGCUGCUAUAGAGUGUUUUCACAUGACGUCACGGCGGCCAUAUUGGUGUCCUAAAACAAUGAAACGGCGGCCAUGCUGGUGUCCCAAACCAUCCCUCCGGGAGUUGAACUCUUUUCUUAUGCAAACGCUUUCUUUUGUUCCAAUAUAAUUUGCAUAUAUGCUGGCCACGUGAGUGAAAACACUCUAUAAGUACACAGCAUAGCCCCUUUAAGCGCUUUGUUCGCGAAUGUGACGUUACUGCUAAAUAUUGUCGUUUCUUUUCAAAAUAAAAUAGUAAUAAUUACUUUAUUUACCCUCUGCCUUAUAGCAGAAAAGCUAGUUGGGCCCAGCAGAUCAGUGACUACAAAAAAUAAAAAUUUCAAUUGAAACAUAACAGGGUUAAGAAUCUUUACUAGCCUAAGAUGGAAUAGCCUGCGAACAGCAGACGCAUUUCCGAUCUUCGCUUCUCUCCCUCCGACCUGAAAUGCGUCUGCUGUUCGCAGGCUAAAGAUGGAACAGUCAGCUAUUUCAAGACUAUUUAAAUACGGGUCUUCGUGAACUAAUCCAGCGAGUGUUCAGGGCGGGAGCUGUACUCGGGGCCUCUGGAGUUCAAUGCUCUAACCGCUCGGCCACGCUAUUUCUUCCCCAUUUCAGGUCCAUUGAAGAGAAGAGGUGGUACUCCAAGGCCCAGACAGCCCGUGGCUACUGGUUAUGGUUAGUUGUAUGUCUUAUAAUAAUUUUCUCUUCUUGCUAUGUUUUUAGCCAAUAGUUCGCCUAUUUCUUCCUCGUAAAACGAAUGAAAUUUUUCGCCAUUUUGUAUUCACUACCAAAGCAACUCAACCUCGUCCCCAGGUCUUCUCGGUUAACCGUUCAAUAAUUCCUGCACGCAUGACUUCAUCAGUUCACAUAUCUCAAAAUUCUUCCAAAUUUGGUCGACAGUAGCUGGUUAUAAUGAAUUAUGCGUGGGAUUUUAGCCAAUCAGAAACGGAGAAAUAUUUUGAAUGAAUAAUAAUAAUGGUUACAGAACAGAAUGAAAGUUCAUAAUAUUAUUACACAACAGGUUUGGUUGAAAAUGACGAUGAGGAGUAUGUACAGCCAAGACGACGCGGCGCCUCUCCAGCUUCCAGCCAAAACGACCACAACAGUAAGUUAUCACACCAUAGGCACACACAUGGAAUCCAAGAAUGUAGUUGUAACUGUCAUUCAUUUACCCUCGAAGUACCGCUUUAGACGUCUUAAGAACUCGUGUUUGCAUUGCAUGGUUGUUUGCUUCUAAUCAUAUCAAUAUUUGGACCGAUGUAUUGGCUUUUGAGAAGAAGGAAAACGAACCAACAACAGACUACUACCAGGAGAUACGGUCCCAGGCCACAUUGGUCGGAGGCAAUAAGUGCUCUUAUCACUUCGCCAUCCUUGCUGGUUGCAAUAAUAACACAGUCAAGGUCGUAGUUGGAGGUUAUGUUAAGAAUUCACUAGUUGAGGAUUUGUUUGAGCUGUGGGAAGUAACAUUAAUCAGUUUAUAGAUUACUGUUACUGAUAGAUGAUUGGCUUCGAUUCAGGGAGAAAUCUAUUCUUAGUGGCGUUUUAACCCAGUUGGUGGUGCUCUGAUGUACAGAAGAGUAGCGCUAUGCGCCAGUUCAAUUUAUUGGCCGUAGAUUUGUUCAAGACCAUUUGGUCCAGGUCCAACAGUCUGCUCGUAUGAUUUUAAAGAACUAUAGAACAAAGUCAAAAUGGAAGAUUUUAUUGGAAAUGCUCGUUCAACUGGGCUGUAGAUUCUCCGUUAGAAACAAGAACCGAACACUGCAGACUUGUUGAUAUUUGUGUAUACUAAUCUUAUACAUACGUAGUUUAAAUUGUGAAGGUGGAUCUAAACAAACUUGUUGUUCAAAAUUGCGGAGGGGGCCUGAUCGAGGAUAUAAAAAAUAUAUAUCUGUUCUUUUGCCAUUUGUGUAGUAUAGUUUUUGACUAGCGUUUGCUCCUUCGCUGUAACAUGGUUAAAUACAGCGCCCUUGUUCUUUGUUUGAAAUACCUCUGAUAGUUUGAUAUUGAUUUGUCACAAGGUUCUUGGAAGCGGGAUGACCCAAACUCUGACGCAAAUAUUCCAGUGGUAACAGCAGGUACUUAUGUUUUUGAGUAAAUACAUGUAGACUUUCAAAUACCGCAAUACUCUUAAUUGUACUGGCUCAGCCUCCCCGGGCCUUAAUUAUUCCUUAUGAGAUGAGUGGUCGCAUAUCCUUGGCUUAUCAGGACGUAGCAGAUAGCACAAUAGCUCCAGCCUCAUUCGUGGUGUAUUCAAGCCUCUCGCUGAUCAAGAUUCUUUUUCCAGGUUUGGAGCUAAACUUUGGAAUGCAAUUCCUAACGAAUUUCGUCAACUCUCCAAAGGAGAAAAUUUUCAUGCCUUUUUGCCCUCGAUAAUGGAAGCAGAGGACGAUUAUGUUGAAGAGUUCAUUCUCCUACAAAAAAUGGCAAAUUCUGCAGCCUUGACUCAAUGCACUAGUAAUUCAUAGGUUCUGUUAGUAGUAAAUUUGUCUUGUAAUGUUAUUCUUUAAGACUAUAUAUUUUGUAACUUUAGCUUGUUUUUCUGUAAUUCUUAUUUAUCAACAUAGUUUAUUUAGGUUACUUUACAAUAACAUCUGUUAUGACUGCUGUAACCUUUCCUCUCCGCCCGCCUCGUCUAGCUUUUGCUAUUUGCGGGCGGAGAUGGCAAAAUGAUGAGUACGAAAAUAAAGUAUAGUGAUGCAGUCUUGCAUAUUUGGGUUUAUUCCAGAUACCUGUCCUUCCAGAACAGUCCGUCUUUUGCAAAGAAUCAUGUUUAGGUGCUUACGUUUCCGCGUGUAUACUCCAGUCGUCUUUUGGUAGUCGCGAGCGGCGCCCCACAGCUAAGAAAAUUUGGUUAUCUAUCCAUCCGAUAAAUUUUAGUAGCCACGUGAACGUACGUCCGUCCGACCUCCCGUCUAGGGUUUGAUAGAUUGUGCUCGCAAAAGUAGCAUAAUAUGCCAUUAGGAGUGUUCGUAUAUUUCUCAAAUUAUGCCACGAAUAAUUAUGCUAACUUUUUGUAAAUUAUGCUUCUAUUUUUUGCUUUAAAUUUGGUAAAACACCUCAAUUACUCUGCAACAAACAAGUAAAUGGCAAUAGAAACUUUAAGAGUGCAUAAUUUAUUGUCUGACAAUUAUACAAACCGAAACAAAUAACAAGCUUGUAGAGUCCUGGGUCACUUCCUGUGAACGGAGGUGUAAUGAAAGUGACAACAAGCAAACAAAAAAUUGAUUUUGUUACUUAAAUUCACCUGUAACACUGAUCUCGGGCCAAGAAAAUUGGCAGCAUGAUCAAUAAAUGACAAUUUUGAGAUGCCAAACCAGCAAAAAGUGCCAAUUAUGCUAGCAGUGCUCUUUUCGGAAAGAAGAUGAAAAUUACGCUCAUAAUGACAAAUUAUGCCGAAAAGUUUUUAACGGGGGCUUCGCCUUUUGCCUUGGCUAAAUCUAUACAUUGUGUAAAUGUGCUGUGUAUGCAUAUUAACGAGAAGCUGAUUCACGGUACAGCACUUGGCGCACUGGCCAAAACUCCAGAGUAAAAUGGUAUUAAUAUUAUGAUUUAUUUAGUUCAACUGGGAACUUUUCUUAGCGCAGUAGUGAGUUAUUUUCAGAAUUGUCUUCCUCUACGAAGUUCUUUGUAGUUACAUGUUCUCUUUUGUGUUUGUUGCCGAAAGUUAAAAGACGUGAACCGAACCAAGUAAAGAGAAGGGAGCCUGCAAGACCUCGUACAGCGGAAGAUAGUGAGAUGCGCAGGCGUAGUCUUCCUCAAGCGCCAACCUACAGUAGAAGUGGUCCUAACAGUAGACAAUCCAACACUCCACCGCAGGCACCUGCUUCAAGGAAAUCUGUCACCCCCAGAACUGGGCAGCUGGCUGCACCCAGGUACGACUUGACUCCCGGCUUUUUCCCCACUGCUCACUUACUGCUUCCUCCACUCACAACGGUAAUCUUGGGGGAAGAGGUAAUUAUCCGUUGUACGGGAGUGUUUGCACAUGACACCAAUUUGAUCGCUUUAGAAUGGUGAUUGUAUAUAUUUUUCGGCCGUUGUCGUUGUGGAGAUUUGGUCAGAGGUUCAACAGUAUAACGGCACUAUAUUAAAAGAUCUGGGUUAUCAUCAGAUUAUCAGAUAUUAUUACUGCUAACAUGUGUAUUAUUUGAUCCCCUAAUAGCCAUACUUAGACGACAAAACGUUUUGUAAAUACUAUUUCUGCAUGUGUUUGUUAAUUAAAGAAAAGGAAAGUGUGUUCAAACUGCAAAAUUUGUUGAACGGCUUCAAAAAUAUUCCUCUGGAUCCAUGUAUUUUUUCGAAUGACCCUGGCCAUCAUUGUUGAAGGAAAAUAGAAAACCUUAAACAUUGCUGCGUUUUAUCAGGGCUUUAAUUUCCUUUGCAUUGUCUUGGAGAUUUUUUUGAUGAGUUUUUGAACCCAUGAUCACACUCAAGUAUCCCGUUUCAAGGUUUCAAGAAAUAUUCAUGUAAAUGCUUUGUGGUGUCUUUUCUUUUUCUCUUAAAGGAGAAUUCCAACACCUCGAGGACUUAGUCCAGGCAGAACAAACAACGACGAUAGCUGGAGUGAAGGGUGUUACUAG